GGCUUUGACGUGGAUUGAGCUUAACAUAUUCAACGCUAUCUCGUCAUUGGUUACGUGGGUUACGUGUUAAGCUAAUAAAGAUCGAACAGUGGACUUCAGCCUCUCAGUUUAUCAGUAGUUGAAGCGAAGCUUGUUCGUUCUCAUUCGUUCUGUGAUCUACUCCUUGCAUUUACUUGAAAGUCGUGAAAAAUUCAUAUCUACUCUUGAUACAUUUUUUUACUCGCAAGUGUUUCUAUUCGCGUCCUGCAUUUAAAAUGGCUGAACCAAUAAAUGUUGUCGUCACUGGGGCUGCAGGUCAAAUUGCGUAUUCCUUGCUGUACCAAUUGGCAGCUGGUUCAGUUUUUGGACCCGAGCAGCCCAUUAACUUGAGACUCCUGGAUAUUCCACCAAUGAUGGAGGUACUUCAAGGCGUCGUUAUGGAGCUGGAUGAUCUGGCACUCAACCUUCUCAGGGAAGUAACGCCCACGGCUGACCCAGCAGUAGCAUUUAAGGAUGCAGCAGCAGCUUUCCUUGUUGGCGCAAUGCCAAGGAAACAGGGCAUGGAGCGCAAGGAUCUGUUAUCAGCUAAUGUGAAAAUCUUCAAAGUACAAGGAGAGGCACUGGAUAAAUUUGCACGAAAAGACGUCAAAGUAUUGGUUGUUGGCAAUCCGGCAAAUACCAAUGCUCUAAUUUGCUCGCACUAUGCACCUUCAAUUCCAAAGGAAAACUUCACAGCUAUGACCCGGUUGGACCAAAACAGGGCCCAGGCUGCCCUAGCUGCUCGCUUGUCUGUACAGGUUGAUCGCGUCCAGAAUGUAAUUAUCUGGGGAAAUCACAGCUCCACCCAAUAUCCUGAUGCGCAUCAUGCUUUGGUUCACCUUCCAACUGGAGCGAAACCAGUUCCCGAAGCAGUUAAUGACGAUGCCUGGUUAAACGGAGAGUUUGUGGAGAAAAUCCAAAAACGCGGAGCAGCCGUUAUAGCUGCCCGGAAAAUGUCUUCAGCUAUGUCAGCUGCCAAGGCUGCCGGAGACCACAUGAGAGAUUGGUGGAUUGGUACACGGCCUGGAAAAUGGGUCAGCAUGGGUGUCGUAUCCGAUGGAAGCUACGGUAUUCCUAAGGACAUAGUGUUUUCAUUCCCAGUCACGAUUAAGGAUCAUCAGUUCAAGAUUGUUCAGGGUCUGCCAAUCAACGAAUUUGCAAGGGCCAAGUUGAAUGCAACGGCCAAGGAGCUGGAAGAAGAACGCGCUGAGGCCAACUCUGUUCUGGAGCAGUGACUAGACAGAGGGUCUACAAUUGCAACGAGAAGGAGAGAACAAACACCGGCAAAGCUGUAAGCUUACUGUAGCAGGUUGCACUGAAAUUGUAUAAAGCAAAUCCGAAAAAAAAAAGAAUAAUUAUUCACCGUUGAACCAUGUUAUUUUGUAUCGAAAUUCUAAUAACUCUGUUUUAUAUGAAGUUGGGUAUGUGUAAUAUGCAUAGCAUCUUAUAUAUAUAUGCACUGUAAUUGAAUUGCUAAUCGCAAUUAUUAUUCAUUAGAGGUAUGUAAAUGCUCAAAGAACAGGUGAAGAUAAAGGGCAGCAUUUUGCACUAUCGAGUAUACUAAUGUCUAUUUAAAAGCCAAUUUUUUUUACGCCUAGCAUAACUUUAGUUGUCUGUUCUUAAAAAAUAUCGAAAUUCCGUAUUCUGUAUUUUCAGCUCGGCAUAAGUUUCUUAACUUGCAUUUACUUAAUACCUAUACAAAACAAAUAUUACUAACAUGAUCAAACCCGCGUAAAUAUGCAGUCUACGCCUAAUAUUAGUAUUAAUGUAUUCCAAUACUAAAAUAAAAAACUGUAGUAGACAGUUUGUGUACUCGUGUAAAGUGUUGGUAGAUGGCAAAUAAACUCUUAUCAGUAAUGGGAUAGGAAUAAAAAACGUUUCUUUUAUCUCUGUAUAUUUACCUAAAUUUCCUUCUGACCUACCUCCGCCUAGCAUGCGAGUUAGUUGAUUUCGGAUAUUGAAAACAACUUCUUCAUUACUGAAUUAUUAUCAGAGUCAUGAUCCCUUUGAGUUUCAUCACGUACGUACCACAAACUAAUUUGUUCUUACAGUUUACUGUGUCAACUGUACGAAUUACUUGGAUUCUUUUUUAGUUUCGAAGAAUUUAUUCUCCCGCAAAGCUUUAUUCACAUAUAUUUAUUCAUUAAACUUAUACAAAUAAUCAUUUUCCUUACAAGCUUUUAUAGUUUGUCAUCACAGUUAUAUCGCGGGUGAAAAUAAAUAUUUCAUAUCAACUUUUUAUUCGACAUAUUCACUUUUGAUGCACGUAACAUUAGGCAACUCAAGUUACACCUAAAAGUGUGAAAGAAAAAUUUUAGCCGUUUAUCAUCUCGUAUUAUUAACUGUGGAUGGGUUUCAUUUACCAUAUGCGUAACUCAUUUUUUGUUUUACUCACUGACUCUCCA